AUGGCCUCAAACUUGUGUAGCUGCCGGUGCUUUUUCAUCUUCGUUGUCUUAUCAAUCUUCACUGUAACCCCAGCAACAUCUCAGCCACAAACCUCAGAUUCAUGCAACGGAAUAUUCCUGUCGUACGCAUAUAACAGAGGUGCAAAGCUACCGCCGAACGUGUCUGAUCAGGUGGAGCAACCGUACCGGUUUGAGUCGACACUAAGAGUGCUCAACAAUGGACUCGUGGAGCUGAAGUCUUGGAAGGUAUUCGUUGGGUUUCGGCACCAAGAGUGGUUGGUGUCGGCGUCCAAUGCAGUCCUCGCCGACGGGAGAAGCAUCCCAAGCGCAGUUGGGAAUGGGACCAUAUUUGCAGGGUCUUCAGUAAUUGAUUUGAAGACAGCAGCAGAAACUGCAGGCGACUUAACGCAGAUGCAGGUUCAGGUAGAAAUGGUGGGGACAACAUUAGGGGUUGCGCCACCAAGCGUUCCUAUGCCUUCUACCAUAAACCUUGCUAAUGAUGGAUUCGUUUGUGGUGAACCCGCUUCUCAAGGGAACAAUGAAACUCAUGUAUGUUGCAAAAGUGAUCCCAAUUUCAAGACAAAAAUCACACCAAAUGAAAAAUUUCUACCUAGACAGAAUGGUGAUCUUACCAUAAUGUAUGAUGUGAUCAAAGCAUACAAUUCCAAUUAUUGGGCAGAAGUAACAAUUUCAAACCAUAACACUCUAGGACGACUUGACAAUUGGAAAUUAAGCUGGAAUUGGACAAAUGAUGAAUUUAUCCACACAAUGAAAGGUGCUUAUCCAUCAACUAUAGAUUCUUCAAACUGUAUUUUUGGUUCACAAAGUGAAUUUUACAAGGAACUUGAUUUUUCUAAUGUAUUGAAUUGUGAAAAAAGACCAACAAUAAUUGAUUUACCUCCAACAAGGUUCAAUGAUACACAACUUGGUAAAGUACCAUUUUGUUGUAGGAAUGGUACUAUACUACCACCACAUAUGGACCUUAGCAUGUCAAUUUCAAGGUUCCAAAUACAUGUCUUUAAAAUGCCACCAAAUAUCAAUCGGUCAAACCUUAUACCGCCACAAAAUUGGGAGAUUAAAGGUGAUACGAUUAACCCUGAUUACAAAUGCGGCGCCCCGAUUAGGGUUAGUCCUAGUCAAUCUCAAGAUCCAACAGGGUUACCUUCAAACAUAUCUUCAAUUGCAAGUUGGCAAGUUGUGUGCAACAUAACUACAAAGUCAUCAUCAAAAAGUGAUUCUCCUAAAUGUUGUGUCUCAUUUUCAGCUUAUUAUAAUGAAUCAGUUAUUCCUUGUAAUACAUGUGCAUGUGGAUGUCCUAGUAAUCAAGAGAGAACAUGUAGUGCUAAUACACCAGCUAUGUGGCUUCCAUCAAAAGCACUUCUUUUUCCAUUUGAGAAUAGAAGUGAAAUAGCACAUAAAUGGGCUAGGUACAAAAAUUUACAAGUACCUAACCCUAUACCAUGUGGUGAUAAUUGUGGUGUGAGUAUAAAUUGGCAUGUAAACACAGAUGAUAAAAAAGGUUGGACUGCAAGGAUCACAAUUUUUAACUGGGGUGAGACGGAUUUCGCCGAUUGGUUUGCUGCGGUGCAAAUGGACAAAGGUGCAGUAGGUUUUAAGGAAAUGUAUUCAUUCAAUGGAAGCUUAUUAGAGAAAUUAAACAAUACAAUAUUCAUGCAAGGUAAGAAAGGAUUGAACUUUCUUGUAGCAGAAGCAAAUGGGUCAAACCCUCAAAGAGAUCCGAGGGUGCCUGGGAAACAGCAGUCGGUAAUUUUGUUUACGAAGAAAAAAAAGGAUGAAAUCAAUGUGGCUGGUGGUGAUGGUUUUCCUAGUAAAGUGUUCUUCAAUGGGGAGGAAUGUUCUCUCCCUUCGGUGUAUCCAAGCAAUGGUUUGAGGAAUGAAUUUUCCUCGGUUACUAUUACGAUCCUAAUAUUGUUGUCAAUCAUCUUGAUGCAACAAUGGUGACAUUGUAUUUAUAUUUUGGAUGAUUCGUUGUUGUUCCAAGUUUUCAGAUUUGUGUAAGACGAUAUAAACAUACAAUUUUUUUAUGAUAAACUACCUAAGCCUGAAAUAUUCGCAUAAACUAAUUUCUAUAUUUUGAACAA